GGUAUCUCUGCGGGCGGCUACAUCGAGGGCUGGAUCUGCACAGUAUCUCUGCGGGCGGCACAGUGUCUCUGUAGGCGGGCGGGUCGUAACCUGCAUCUGCGACGAUGAGUCAGGGGGCGGAAGGGUCUGGGGGGAAUGCGUUCAUCCCCGUGUCAGACGCCGACAUGGCGAAGUUGAGGAGGGCCUUGUGCGUGUGGAAAUACGUGACGCAGGGGCAGAGGGCCGGGACGAGGGAGAAGAUGCACGGGGACCGCAAGUUGAGAUGCAACUUAUGCGAGCACGUCUGGCAGGGCGACGUGUCGAAGGUUAUUCGUGAUGGCCAGUUCUGGCGUUUACUGGAGUUUGUCAUCCUUGUGAUGCAGCCUUUCCAUCAGCUUCUCAGGCGGAUGGACAACGGAGGGAUGAUGAUGUCCAUUGUCUACGAGUGGAGUCAGCAUCUCGUUCGGCUGAUGAGGCAGUCGACGGUCCCUGCAGAGCUUCUGUCGCCGUGUGUGCGAGAGGUUGAGAUGCGCCUGAUGCAUCACUGGAGUCCGCGCACGCUGCAGCCCAUCUUCUCAAACCCCGCUGAUGGUCUACGAGAGGCCCGAGAUUGCGUGGGGCACGACGAGACGGCGCAUUGUGCGGCGUGGUGGUUCGCCCACGGGGAAGCCCACCCAGAGCAGCAUGGUGGUGGGUAUGUUCUGCCGUGGAUCAUGGACGACCACGACGACCAUAGACGUUGUGGGGCUAGGGAGGAGGACGGGGAGGACGGCGAUCCAGAGUCAGCGGCGUGGGUGGCGAGACUAGCUGGGACCGUCAGCGAUGAGGAGUUGAGGAGGCAGAUUGUCGUGUUCGCAAGCGACAACACAACCUCUCUGCGAGAGGCGUCUGUCGUUUUUGGGGAGAGGGCGUCCAUAUUACUUCCUUACGAUCAUGUGCCUCCUCCUGCACAAGACGCUGGCGUUGAGGGUGCGCAGGCUAGGGAGGAGGACUGGACGGACCCGGAGGACCUUGCGCUGGGAGGGGACAGGUCCGCAGAGCAGGUUUAUUUCACGUAUGGCAGAGGAUCUGACGGGCUUGCGGCCCGGACAUCAGUCAUCACUGACGACGGCUUAGGCCCGACACAGGGAGUUGGAGACGAGCAGACCCUACAGGUUAUAGAGGUCGACUCCAGCGGGGACGAGCCCGAGACGGAGGAGCGUUUGAGGGACACUCGGUUUGAUCCUAGCCACCACUCGCUCGACCAUUUACAGCUCCUACGUCAAUCGACAAGGUUGGCAGGACAGAGCGGUGCGGAGUCGCAACACCUAGAGGACAUCCCACUCAGGGAACAUACUCCGAUCACUCCAUCACACGACCGUGAUCGUCAGGACACCCACGACACGCCUUCUUCGUUGUGGACCAGCGAUUUCAACAUCGGUGGCUCUCAUGGUGGAUCGUCUGUCUUGGAUACGGAGGUGGGGUGCGGACCUGAGAGCAUUGGUGGCACCGGUGUUUGGCCGCAUGGAGAUGACAACGAUCGAGGCACAGAUAGUGAUAGCUCAGACGGCGGUGACCGAGGAGAGGCCGCAGAGGAGAAUAUUGUUGAGAGAGUGAUCAUUGGCGUUCGCAUGGCAGACAUGGAGGGUGGGAUGUCGGGAGGCCGUGACACUUCGUUGAUGGGGGAUGCUGUUAUGGCGGAGGAGGUAGGGUUGAGCACUUAUUGUCGGGGCAGUGACACUGAUGCAGGACAUAGUCCUGUCAUGGAGGUUGGCGUUGACGCCGACAAGGAGGCACGGUCGUCCCCACUGCGGGAUAUAGCGGGAGACAUGCCCCUCACGUUGUUGUCCGCAAGGGCGAGACGUCACGGAUCCAUCAGUGGCCUAGAGGCUCAGAUUGUUGUCGAGCGACAACGUCUGGAGCACUUUGUUCGAGAGCGUGACAGGCUGGCCGGGACGGACGUACACGGGGACGAGGCCGACACAAAGAGGACGCCUAUCGACAUUGUAGCGCGGAGGGACAGGGACAGGAGGGCAGCAACUGCUGCAGUCGCGACAGUGGCGAAAGGGGAUGCGCAUGCUGAACCUCGACAGGCAGAGAGAGUGGCAAGUGGGCAGGGACGGAGUGGACUUCCCGAGAGCACAUCAGGCGUAGCACGUCAUCUAACUCGUGCGAGGUGCAGUGGGAGGAGUUAGAGACUGGUACAUUACGUUUGCUCCAUUAUUUCUACUUGUUCUGUUAUUUUAUCUUAGGUUGGUACUUAAGUAUAAAGGGCCUGUUUUUUUUUUUUUUUGGAUUUGUAGUUGAUAUGUCACGAACCUAUCCGGUGCAGGUGGAGUAGGUAUAUUGUAUUUCUUCCUAGUGUCGUACUGUCAGCAGGUGUAUUUGUUUCGUUGUUCUGUCUUAGAUUGGUACUUCAGUCCUUAGGGUCUGUUUUUUUUUUUUUUUUUUUACAUCUGUAUCUCAUAUGCCAUAAACCUAU